GCCCCGGUCCCGCCCCCCCGGGCUGGGUUAAAAGCCGCCCCGUCCGCGGCCGGCCCGGUUCAGCGGUGUCCGGCCCCAGCAUGGCCCAGCAGCGGUGCCGCUCCGUGCUCAUCACCGGCUGCAGCCGGGGCAUCGGGCUGGGGCUGGCGCGGGGGCUGGCGGCCGCGAACCCCGCUCCGGACUGGGUGAUCGCCACGUGCCGCUACCCGGAGAAGGCGCAGGAACUCCAGCAGCUCAGCACGCAGUAUAGCAACAUCAAACUACUCCAGCUUGAUGUAGUCUGUGAAAACAGCAUAAAGAAAGUAGUCCAGGAAGUGGAAGAGAUCUUAGGAGACAAAGGGCUGAACUGCCUCAUUAACAAUGCUGGUAUCAAUGUGGUUGCUUCCCUGGAAGAAGUCACGGCUGAAACCAUGCUCACCAUUUAUGAAACCAACACAGUCGCUCAGUUGAUGGUCACGAAGGCCUUUCUUCCCCUUCUGAGGAAGGCAGCCCAGUUGAGUACUGGUAUGGGUUGUCACCGAGCAGCCAUUAUCAAUAUGUCAUCUGUUGCUGCCUCCAUGCAACUGGUCCAGGCAAAUGAGAUGUUCCUCAAAGUCUAUCCCUAUAGAAUAGCAAAGACUGCACUGAAUAUGAUCACCAGGUGUCUUGCUGCAGACUUGAAAGUGGAUGGAAUCCUUUGUAUUUCUCUGCACCCAGGCUGGAUUCAAACUGAUAUGGGAGGAGACAUGGCUCCCUUGCAGAUACAAGAAGCUAUCCCAGGUAUCCUCUCAGUUCUGGCUAAUCUCAGCGAAAAAGACAACGGCUCCUUCCUAGACGGGCAAGGGGGAACACUACCAUGGUAACACACCAUGGACUACAGGAUGAGAGUAGUGCCAGAAGUUAAAUCUUGGUUGGCAAUGUCUUUGUCUAGAUCUCUUUGACUAUUUCAACUAGUAUAUUAACAAAAAAAUCUGUUAUCCAACAUGUACAGAUAUUUGGAAGUUUUUUGCUCUGCUGUUCAAAUAACCUCUGCAAACCCUGAGAAGGAAACAGGACAUGGGGAACAAUACCUUUUAGCAAACACUCCAAUUUACCAAAACUACAGCUACAGGGGUGGGGAUUAUUCCUAUUGGAUUCCAAAACCAAAGCAGUAAAAAUACCUACUCUUAUGGGUGAGAGUUGCAGGUGAGACACUCCAUUCAGUGGAGUUGGGCCUGUUUACAUCAGAUAAAGGGGUUGCUAUGGUCCCUGCUCCAAGUUGGAGGGACAUGUCUGGGUGGCUCCUGCAGUCUGAACCACUCUGGUAACUCUUGUACUGUAAAUCAGUCUAGCAGGUCAAGGCUGUUCAGGUGGGUAAAGACUGAAGCUUUAACCCUGGUCACUGCACUUCUGGAGAAGAGAAGUGUCCCUAUGGUCAUGGCACAAGACACUUGUUUCCUUCCUUGCUGUGUGACCAAUCCCCUGGUCCAUGCAGGGGUGAAGUUUGUAUGUUUGACUCCUAACUUGUCUUCAAUAAAAGCUGCUUUUGUUUUAAGCCAAAA